CAUAGGCGUCGUGCUCGCGCAGUAGGAGGGGCCAAAGGUGAGGCCUGUCAAGUACAUGUCCAAAAAUAUCCCUCUCAGAAGUUGGCUAAGUCCACCUAUGAGAAGGAGCUUUAUGCGAUUCACAAAGAGCUAACCCACAUGAGACACUACCUCCUUGGGAGGUUCUUCUACGUCAGGACUGAUCAUCAGACCCUGAAGUGGAUGAGAACCCAGCCUGUGCUUUCUGAUGCGCUGAAACACUGGAUCGAAGUCAUUGAGCAGUAUGACUUCGAGCCCCAGUACAUCAAAGGAGAGUACAACAAAGUUGUUGAUGCGUUGUCGCGUAGGCCAGACUUUCUCGGUGCGCUGAUUACUGAGUUUGGACUUGCGGACGAUGUUACUCGCUCUUUGGUGAAAGCCUAUCGCGAGGAUCCGUUUAUGGCCGAGAUCAUACGCAGACUCGAGGCGAAGGACAAAGCGACUUCAGUCGAGUUUGAGUUGGUCAACGGCCUGCUGUUUCUUGAGAAGCCCGGGAAUAAACGUUUGUGUGUGCCUAAUCUGGAGUCUUUGCGUAGUUUCUUUUUAGGUGAGUGCCAUGAUGCCACCGAACAUUUUGGAUAUAAGAAGACUGCAGCCAAUCUGCUGCAGCAGUUCUGGUGGUCCACGAUGAUGAAAGAUGUCAAGCUGUACCUAGAAACUUGUCAAGUGUGUCAGAGGGACAAGCCACGUACGCAGGCCCCUCUUGGGCUUAUUAAGCCCCUUCCGAUUCCGAAAAGGCCUGGUAAGAGCCUGUCCAUGGACUUCAUGGACACACUGGUCAUGAGCAAGAGCGGAAUGAGACACAUCUUUGUCAUUGUGGAUAGGUUUAGUAAGUAUGCUAGAUUAGUUGCAAUGCCUGAAACAGCAAAGACCGAGUACGUCAUUAGGCUGUUCAAGGAAAACUGGGUCAGAGACUUUGGGCUUCCAAAGUCUACUAUUAGUGACCUGGAUGUCAGAUUCACGAGCGAGUUGCAGAAGGCUGCAUCUGCAGAACAGGGUACACAGUUGCAGACGACCUCCACGAACCACCCAGAGGCAAAUGGGCAAGCGGAGCAGCUGAAGCGCGCUCAAGCUUUCGAACAGAUGCACAGGGCGCAGGCAGCGAUGAUAGAGUCUGAAAACAAGCACCGCCACCCAUCAACAUUCCAGGUAGGGGACAGAGUCUGGGUCAAGUCCUCAGAACCGGGACAAGAGCACAGGAUAUCCUGCAAGCUCAUGCCGCAGUACUUUGGACCCUGGGAGGUUCUAGAUAUCGUCGGGGAUGAUCCAGAUGGGCCGUCCUACGUAAUUCAGAUCCCUGAUCACCUUCACACUUACCCAGUCUAUCACGCCUCCAAGCUUGCACCUUUCGAAGAAACCGAUCAGUUUCCCUCGCGAUGCUCAAUGCUGCCCCCAACCAUGGAUGGAGACAUCGACGACAUCGUGGAUCAGAGGGAAAUACCAGUUCCAAAACCUACAGGCAGGGGACGUCCUCCUAAACCGAAGCUGCAGUAUCGCGUCUGGUUCAGACAUCACCCUGAUCCUAAGGAGGAUAGAUGGCUUACACGGGACGAACUGAUGCAGACCACUCCACAGGUUGUCGCCCACUAUGAGAAGUUGCUGGAGAAAGGAAAGCGCCAGAUUGACUAAAGGGAACUUCGCAGAGGACUAUCGAAGUAUGGAGGAGGGAAUGCGAGGCAUAAGGCCCCGAUGAG